AUUUCUCACUCAUUCAACGAAGAGUGAACUGUGAAGUGAACUGUGAAACCUAAGAACGCUGAACGCAGAACGAACUGAACCAGUCUUUUGAUGUAUUUUAUAGGGAGUGGACGUUAUUGAGUUAAAUUUUAAUUAUUGUUACUUGCAAAAAUUAGUGUUUUGGAAAUUUAAAUGUAGUGUUUGACAGAGUACUGAUUUUAAAUCUAUUACAGUUUGUACUGUUUUUAUGUGUGGCCGAGAAGAUUUUUGUUUGGAUUUUAUUUCAUGAUUUGUAUUUACACACAUGUUGUGAUCAAUACAAUCACUGAUUUUUUUGAGAGGAUAUAAACCAAGAUGACAAUUCCAUAAUACAUCGCAGCACCAACAACCAGCACCAUGGAGGAGGACAAAGACGAAGGGCCCGGCGUGCCCGACAUGACGAUGAUGCCGCUCAUCACAGAAGACGCCAUCAACGACAACCUACGGCGGCGGUACAAGCACGACCUCAUAUAUACAUACACAGGAUCUAUUCUAGUGGCAGUGAAUCCAUACAAGGAGCUGGGAUGUUACAAUUUCGAGGAUAUGCAAAACUACCGCGGUAAAGCGUUUGGAAGUCUGUCACCACAUGUGUUUGCGUUGGCUGAAUCUGCAUACAGCUCUUUACAGAAUGGAGAAAAGAAUCAAUCAGUGGUAAUAUCAGGAGAGAGUGGUGCAGGCAAGACGGAGACUACAAAGUUGAUUCUUCAGUACUUAUGUGCGGCGGGGGGACAGGCGUCGUGGGCUGAACAGCAGAUAUUGGAGGCGAAUACUGUUCUAGAAGCUUUUGGUAACGCAAAAACAGUACGAAAUGACAACUCAUCCCGUUUCGGCAAGUUCGUAGAAGUCCGGUUGGACCACAGGGGUGGCAUUAAGGGCGCUGUUCUAAGGGACUUCUUACUUGAGAGGGCGCGGAUAACUGGCCCGGCGCCCCGGGAAACUAACUACCAUGUGUUCUAUCAGCUCGUGGAAGGAGCAAGGCACAACGCCGAGCUCAAAGCGACCCUCCGUCUCCGUGACGACAUACGCUUCAAGUACCUUCUGGAAGAGCGCGAAGAGGCUCCAGUGAGGUCUGAACCGGGGCGGUUGGAGGCUCUGCAGCUCGCGCUAACUGUGCUGCAAGUGCCGCCGCAUAUGUGCGAGGGGCUGUUUAAAGUACUCGCGGCUGUGCUGUGGCUCGGCAAUGUGCAGUUCCAGGACAUAGACGGCGAACGCACGACCCUAGCGCCAGAAGACGCAGAAGCAGUGGAUGCUGUGGCCAAUCUGCUGGGCCUCGCGCCGCCCACAGCACAACGCGUGUUGCUAGAGAGACAGAUCAACGUACGCGGGAAUGUUACGGACAUACCGUUUAGAUUGCAUGAAGCCCGCGAGAACCGUCACGCCAUGGCACGAGCUCUAUAUUCCAGAACAUUCGCGUGGCUAGUCCGCCAUGUUAACAGUUGCUCCGCUCCGGGACGCGAAGCGAAGCGGGCGCUCGGCGUGCUCGAUAUAUUCGGCUUCGAGAACUUCGCGUCGAACUCUCUAGAACAAUUGUGUAUUAACUACGCGAACGAGAAGCUGCAUAUGUUCUUUAAUAAUUACGUGUUCGCGUUGGAACAGGAGAUUUAUCGACAAGAGGGGAUAAAGUACAAUCAAAUACAAUUUACAGACAACGCCGCGUGUCUUGAAUUACUAGAAAAGCCGCCGCGCAGUUUGUUAAAACUGCUCAGUGAACAAUGUCAUAUGCCAAAGGGUUCCGACAGCGCCUACCUCACAAACAUACAAAGCGAGUUCGGCGAACAUCAAACAUUCGUCAAAGGUUCCCGUCGGAAAUGGGAAGAAGAAUUCGGGGUACAACACUACGCGGGCACAGUGACGUACAGCGUGCAAGGAUUUGUCGAUAAAAACCGCGAUACACAGCAAGAUGCGUUUAUCGACCAUUUGAGCAGAUCGGCUAACCCCUUUGUGCGGGAGCUCGCUGAUUAUGUGCAGGAUUUGGCGCCUCCUGGACAGGAUGUAUCGCUCUCAAGCCCCGGUUCAACGAGCACAACACAACGCGGCACUUCUAAAGGCAGACCAACUGUAGUGGAUACGUUCAGAGCACAGUUGCAAUCUUUAGUCGAUAUGCUGCAAGUUACUGAUGUAUGGUAUGUCCGCUGCAUAAAGCCGAACGAACACAAAGUGGCUGGCAAAUACAACGAGCAACUAGUACUGGAACAACUACGGUACCUGGGCAUGAACGAAAUCGUUCGCAUUCGUCGUGAUGGCUACCCUGUACAUCUAUCCGCACCAUUGUUCUGUGCGAGAUACAGAUGUUUAUUACCGCAUCCUAGGCCACGGGAUCCGGAUGUCACAGCUAUAAUGGAACUCGUAAAUGCACCGAAAGACGACUGGCAAAUAGGACACACAAAAAUAUUCAUGAGGAGUUCUGUGCAUGGCCCGCUAGAAGCUAGAAGAUCAGCUUUAUUACAAUCUUCGGCAUUACUCAUACAAAAGUGGUACAAAGGUUCGAUAGCGCGUCGCCAAUACGUCCAAUGGCGCAAAGCAGCCGUAGUCCUCCAAGCCGCAUGGCGCGGUUGGUUCGAACGAGCUGCUUUCUUACGAUUACGAAGAGCUGCUCUAACACUACAGAGGCACUUGAGAGGCGCUUUUGCGAGGGAAGUUGCUGCAGCAUUGCGGGAAAUGAAGAGGGUCAACCAGGAAAUCAAGUUACGGGAGGAGAGGAACAGCCUGGCAGAAAAAGCGGAACAAGAGCGAGCAGAACUAGAAAGCAUGGCGGACCAACUCCGUGGCAUAUCCUGUUCUGGAGCCAGAGCAGAAUCCGUGAACCUGGACAACCUGUUCGACUUCCUGGCUGAUGUUCCAGCACAAAGGGGUGCUCCAGAUGGCCAACCAGCUCACCAGCCCACCAUCAAUGAGAUUGGGGACUCUAUUGAAAGAUUGGCUGAUGAUUUGAAUCAAGAGCUGGAACACGUGCUAGCAGAAGAAAUGAACGAGCUCACCAAGCACACAGACGCUCAACGCAAACCGGACGGCGCCCCCUCUGAGUUCAUCCCUCCCCCUCCCCCCAACUCCCUCCCCCUACACUCCAUACUUCACCCCGCUACCCCUACAUCCAAUCACAGCAACGGGAUAGUAAACGGCACCCCUGAUAAUAUGACAUCGUCUAUGACGAACGGUGAGAUGACGUCAUCGCUGACGCUCCCCCCCCCGCCGAGCUGCGGCCCCGCGCUGGACUCGCCGCCCUUCCCCCCUCCGCCCCCGUGCUCGCUCCCCGAGCCCGCCGGCCCCCCGCCGCCACCGCCCCUUAAAGACACAACUCCCCCAGAGCUUACGAACGGAAUAAUUCCAAACGGAAAGCUCAUGGUUAUCAAAGAUAAGGAGCCGAUAUACGAAUCGGUGAUACCGCGGCCACCGUCUGAACCGCCUGUGCUGUCACCCCCACCACCACCGCCGCCAUUUAACCCACCAGAAAGUAAUGGCAUUUCAAGCAAGGAGGAGCCAGAACCGGAAGCACCUCUACCGCCAUUACCCAGUGCUGUGACGUCACCGGAACAAGCGGAAACACCUUCCACUGCUAUGGAUUCUAGCUGCAUCAGUCCUCCUCCAAUGUUGAAUGGAGACGCCAAUAACACAGAACGCAGCGCUCGUAGGAAAGAACGUGUUGAACGUAGACUGCAUCAGCUAGAAACAACACCCGCUAGUACUGAAGCUCCUGCUGAUUCCAGUGACCUUACCGAAUUUGCUAAACUUUAUUUUAACGACCAUCCUCGGUCUCCAGAAGGUACAAUCAUGGCGACGUUAACUCGCAAGAGCAAGUCAAUGGAGCUCUUAACCAAAGAAGAAAUGAUAACUUAUCACAAAGGAAAUAACAUUCCCACCUCUCACAUACAGCUUCAUGACCCAGACAGUGUUACGGCAGCUGUUAAUAUUUUCAGAGAUCUAUGUCGUUACAUGAGAGGAGAAUUAACUUCAGAAAAAGAAACGCAAGUCAUACAAUCUAUUAUUGGCAAAGGUUUGGAGCGGGAGGAACUACGAGAUGAAAUAUUAGUACAGUGCGUUCGACAAAUCACAGAAUGCCCAGUAGAAGAGUGGGCGGAACGUGUCUGGCUGAUCCUCUGUUUAUGCGCGGUUGCCUGGCAACCGAGCCGCGGUCUGGCCCGCUACUACUGCGCGUGGUUGCGUGCACGUGCUCGUCCACUCAGCUCUCCUGGUGGGGGGUCUAUGACGUCAGUGGGGUCGGUGACCUCUAGUGCCCGGGCUUCGCAUUGUGCGCAGUGGUGCUUGGAUAACUGUAGGGGCGCUGCGCCAAGACAACUACCGCCUAGUACUGUGGAGAUUGCUGCAAUGCGCCGCCUCGGUACCAUAGUGUGCCGAUUCUUCUUCCUGGACGGUCGCACGAAGGCCAUAGACGUGCACCCCGCGGACACAGCAGCGGCUGCGGCAGCGAGACUAGCUGAUAAGCUGGGUUUGCCUCCCAAUGCCCGGGCUGGGUGGGCGGUGUACCAGCAGCGAGCCAGUAUGGAGGAACACGUGCGCGCUACCCAGUACUUGUAUGAUGUGAUCGCUGCGUGGGAGAUGCAACAAGGCCCUGGUGGAGGGUCAGCAGAUAACCGCUUCGUUUUCAAGCGUCGUUUGUUCCGUGGCGGUCGAGAACUGCCACACGAUCCUGUAGAAGUCGCCCUUUUGUAUGCACAAGCUGUGCAUAGUGUUGUAAAGAUGGACGAGUUCCCAGUCUCCGAGAAAGUAGCGCUCCAGCUAGCAGGGCUCCAAGCUCAAGUGUCCUUGGGGGAACCAGCCGCUAGCCCUCCGCCCCCGCACACAAGGGCAUACUAUUCACACCCUGAACAGUUCCUACCACCGAGGAUCGCUAAGACUAGACCAGCGCAUCAAUGGGCAACAAUACUGGCCCAAGCACACCGUCAAUACGGCGCAGGACGAGCGGAAUUAACCGCCAAAGCUUUGUACCUAUCCUGUGUGAUGCAGUAUCCUUUAUAUGGCGUCACACUGUUCCCUGUUACCUACAAAGGAUAUUGGGCACAUGGUCCGAAUGUAAUGCUAGGAGUUGGAUCAGAAGGUGUAGUCCUUGUUCGACCAGCAGAUAAAGUAGUGCUAGCGGAAUACCCGUAUUCGAACAUAGCGGCAAUACUCAUGGAUCCAGUGGAUAAUGGACUCACUCUUAGCUUAACUCACCAUGGACAACAUGAUGGAUUAAGGUGCAUAGUACUCGAAUGCGCUCAGAAGCAAGAAGCAGCAUGGUUAAUGGCGGCAUAUAGUCCAACCCUUGCAAAUAGCCUUUCAGAAGAGCCACCAAGACGUGCGGCACCGGCGAGUGAACGUACCCGACUGGCGGCCGCAUUGCGGUCUGCUAGACGGGCUUUGGUUGACUGUGGUCUAUUGAGAAGACCGCCUGAUCUCUCCGCGGGAGGAUUCUUGAGGAAUACGCUCAGAAGACUAAGCAAGCACCGUCUCGAGCGUGUGCGCUUGGACCUCUCCGCGGAAUCCCAAGGCGAGUGCUACAAGGGCUUCCCCGCCGCGUACUGGUGCUGGGCGCGGAGUCUACCCCACUCGCUGACCAAGCUCAAUGAGGCUGAGGAAGUCGCUGCUAUGCAGAUAUUUAAGGACAUAAUGAGCCACGCCGGUCUGAGCAGCAACGAGGGCAGCAGCAGCAACCUGGCCAGCAACAGCAGCGUCAGCAGCCACGAGAGCGACAGCGACGACCGCGUGGCGCUCGCGCAGGCGCUGCUGCAGCGCUGUCUGCAGAAGGACACGCUGCUCACCGAGCUGUACAUGCAGCUCAUCAAGCAGGUGAGGCAGCAGCAGCAACUGGCCAGCAACAGCAGCGUCAGCAGCCACGAGAGCGACAGCGACGACCGCGUGGCGCUCGCGCAGGCGCUGCUGCAGCGCUGUCUGCAGAAGGACACGCUGCUCACCGAGCUGUACAUGCAGCUCAUCAAGCAGGUGAGGCAGCAGCAGCAACUGGCCAGCAACAGCAGCGUCAGCAGCCACGAGAGCGACAGCGACGACCGCGUGGCGCUCGCGCAGGCGCUGCUGCAGCGCUGUCUGCAGAAGGACACGCUGCUCACCGAGCUGUACAUGCAGCUCAUCAAGCAGGUGAGGCAGCAGCAGCAACUGGCCAGCAACAGCAGCGUCAGCAGCCACGAGAGCGACAGCGACGACCGCGUGGCGCUCGCGCAGGCGCUGCUGCAGCGCUGUCUGCAGAAGGACACGCUGCUCACCGAGCUGUACAUGCAGCUCAUCAAGCAGGUGAGGCAGCAGCAGCAACUGGCCAGCAACAGCAGCGUCAGCAGCCACGAGAGCGACAGCGACGACCGCGUGGCGCUCGCGCAGGCGCUGCUGCAGCGCUGUCUGCAGAAGGACACGCUGCUCACCGAGCUGUACAUGCAGCUCAUCAAGCAGGUGAGGCAGCAGCAGCAACUGGCCAGCAACAGCAGCGUCAGCAGCCACGAGAGCGACAGCGACGACCGCGUGGCGCUCGCGCAGGCGCUGCUGCAGCGCUGUCUGCAGAAGGACACGCUGCUCACCGAGCUGUACAUGCAGCUCAUCAAGCAGACAACGGAGCACCCGGAGCCCAGCUCACGGGUGUCCGCCCGGCACUGGGCGCUGCUGUGCGCGGCGGUGGGCGCAGCCCUACCGCCCGCGAAGCCCCUGCGCCGCUUGUUAUUAGCCCAUUUACGGUACCGAGCCGCAGCCCUACACACGGGCGAGGAGGGAAAGUUCGCGAGACGUGCUGAACAGGUGGCACUAAGCAUAGCCCAAGUACCGCGGCGUCUAACCGCACCUUCCAAGGAGGAACUGCUAUGCGCAGGCGCACGCCGACCGAUGCACGUGCGUGUGCUACUAUUGGAUGGCAAGCAACAUGGGCUAGUGUUUGGACCAGCAGCUACUGCUGACCAUCUGGUGGCCAUGUUGAGGGAGAAGAUUGGAUUGACUGAUACUGCUACUGGUUAUGCUCUGUACGAGGUGUGCGCAAACUCGUCCCCCGCGGGUACGGGCGAGCGAGCACUGGGCGGGGCGGAACGUGUUGGUGAUGUGCUUGCACGGUGGGAGAAAGCUGGCGCUACUGCUGCUGCUUGCAGGCUAGUAUUCAAGAAGCGUCUCUUCCUGGGCGACCGUCCGUUGCACAGCGCGUGCGUGGCUGAAAUGGAGCUGCUCUAUUAUCAGCUGCUGCAUGCUGUACGACACGAUCGCCUACCUAUAGAGACUGAUGAAGCGGUAAUGGUAGCAGCGUUACACGCGCAAGUUGUUAAGGGCGAGUGCAGCGGGGGUGCGGAGUGUGCAGCAGCAGCUGGUGCUGUGCUGCCCGCGCGACUUGUACCAGCUCUACCAGCUCCAGCUGUGAGAUUACACCACCUGGCUUUGAGGGGAACUCCACCUCAUGCAGCAAUGCAGCGUGCGCUUACGUUGGCUGCGUCGUGGCCACUCGCGAGGGCUACCAUUUUUGAUGUUAUGCAAUCGUUCACAUCAAACUGGCCGCGAGCCCUCUGGCUAGCGGUGGACGCACGUGGUCUAACUCUGUUGCGUCGCGGCGCACGUGCUGCGCUCGUGUCGCACGACCACGACCAGCUGCUGGCCGUGUCGCCCGCACCGCGCGCGCUGUUACUGGUCACUAGAGCGGACAAGAAGCAUGCUAAACUCGUGCUGUCCACUGAUCAGGCAUACCAGAUCGCGACCCUAAUCAAGGACUACAUAGAAGCUGUGCGCGGGCCCGUGUGCCCGGCCGUGCCGCAGCCCGCCGGCGCCGCGCCGCCCGCCUCCUGACACCCGCACGCCUAGUGCCACUGCUUCCACGUCACGCACUGAGCGGGCCUGACAGAUCACACGUGACAGCUGACAGAUGACAACUGACAGCUAGCAGAUGACAACUGACAGUUGACAGCUGACAGUUAGCGGCUAACGUGCGGCGGGACGCGCGACCUUUCCGUUCAUUACAUUCAGUUGCGAACGAGUUCGGUCAAACGACCAAAUAGCUUAUCUGUAGACUUUUCUGUAACUGCGUUUUAUAUUUUUGAUUCGAUGGAACGCAUACAAAUUUUUUUUCGCAAUGAAUCUCAAGAUCUUUUAGGCUCAAUGAGUACAUCGAGCACGCCGAAAAGAUUGAUGUAAAUCUAGAAACAUUAGUUAAAGCUUCUUCAAAUAUAUAUUCACGAUUUAAUAUAAUUUAGAGCACGAUAUAGUGUCGGUAUAGUAUUACUUUAACGGUCGCGUUCGGGAAGUAAAUGUUUAUAUAGUAUAUCAUUUAAACGUUAAUAUUUUACGCUAGAUAUAUUAAAAAUGCUAGUCUUCGUAUUGAUUAGUUAGCUAAAUCUCGUCUUCUUUCCACAUUUACUUCAGAGACAGGUAACAGGUUCGAGUGGUGUUCGGUUUUGAGUGUCAGGAUGGACGAUUUAAUGUAGCCAGGUGACGGGGAAGCAAAAAUUUCCAAUAAACCCACAUAAUAAUAGAAUAAAACAUUUCUCUCUAUCUUCUAAAGGGUCUGUUACAUAGGAUCGAUCUAACGCUCACGUGCGUUACUAUCGUCAUAUGUAGGUACGGUGACCCUUACAAUAAAAUAUAUCAGUAUUAUUACAAUUAAAUGAAAAUUCGUGUUGUAUGUAAAAUUCGAACAGUUUAAUCAUAUUGUUAAGAAUGAUAGAAUGUUUGGAUGUUAGAUAGUUGUUGUAUUUCAAUCUUACUCCCCUUUUAGUCUGUGCUUAAGUAUGUAGAUGUCACUACUGGCGAUGUUUGGAGCGUUUUACGUUUAUUAAUGUACCCUUAUUUAUAACACAUUUCGGUGUCGGUGUCGUCGUUAAUACUGUGUUUGAAAAAUAUUUUGUCAUUUAAAAGGUUCAAAUAUACUUGAUUGUAUUAAGGAUUCCUAAUGAAUGGUCCAAACAUCACCAGUUUCCCUUAGUACUAGGCCAACCCACUGUAAACCUUACGAUUUAAACUAUACAAUAUUUCAUGUUAUAACCAUGGUAGAUGAAUCUUAUAAAAUAGUUACUACUUGUUAAUUCUAAGAAAUCUCAUAUCAGCUAAUUCCUACUGUUAACCCUCCUUGCUUCGGUGGAACCUUCCUGUACUGUUGAGUACGUAGCAUAGUAUAUGUCUGUUUUCAAUUGCGAAAUAAUUUUAUUCUGAUGUCUUAUUUUGUGCCUUGUAACGCGGCAUGUGAAACUGGCCAGGAUCUAAAUAUAAUUAAAAAAAUACUUAGACUGCUUAGAAUCAAAUUUAAAUUAAAAAAAAAUCUAUUUUGGGCGCGUCAAUUAACCAUAUAUGUAGCCAAACGAUGGCUUAUUACAAUAUGAUAAAUGCUACCUCUGGCCAGCGCACAUAGCCUGCAUAAUAUAAUCAGUGAGCGAACUGCAAAUCUAUUGUGAUUGCAAAGUAAUUAAAUUGUUCCAAAUAUAUCUUCUAUCUUGAAUAUUAUAACACUAUAUUGCACAAUGUUAUGUCUCAAUAUUUUAUUAUAAAAUAUAUAGUACAUAUAAAUGUUUUGAAGCAUUCAUGCUUCGGUUAUUCUAAAAGUAAGCUAAAUGUUAUUUUUAGUUUCGUUAGCCUAUUGGUGCUUAGAUAUCUGCUUGGAUUGAUUUGAUCUCAUAUUGAGUAUUAUUUAUAUAGAUGCCAUGUUCCGAGUAUGAGCAAAGUUCAGGUUUAAUUUAUUUCAUAUGUAUUUUUUAUAAUUUGUAUAUAAUUGACGAACCAAAGAAUUGAUCAUCCCUUUGGAUUUUUUUUUAUUAUUAUAUAAUAUAAUUACGUUUUUAGUUUAUGUAUAUAGUGAUAGAAUAGAUAAUAUAAUGUAAACGUAAAGUUUAAUUGAAUCAUGUAACUGAGUGUUACAUCAAUCAUAUGUAAAGUUAAUCAAGACUAAAUGCAGCAGUACACAAAUCAAAUCAUGUUAUAUUACAAAAAUACUGAAUUUUACUUCCCUUUUCAUUCUGUAAAUCAUAUUAUGGCAAAUAAGUGUAAUUCAAAGAAAAUUUCGCAGUGAUAGUUAUUGUUACAAAAAUAUUUUUCUGGUACAUAAAUUAUAUUUGAAAAAUCAUCCAACUUAUUUUCAUUGUCAUUUAUGGAAAUAAAAUGCUAUAUUUGCAAACUUUGGCAUUCUUCAAUCUUUCUAGUUUUUAUUAACUAAAGCUUCCAGCUUAGAUACAACUAAUUCUUAUAAAUAUUUAACACUUCCUCAUUUAUAUACACUGUAAGAUUUGUGUUAGAUGUAAGCUAAUAUGAACAAUAAAUUGAUUUUCAACCACCAUGAUACUGCCUAAAUAGACUGAUUGUGUCCAAAUAUUUAACCUUUUUUGAUGAUUUUUGUUUACUGUAUAGAUUUGUCCCAACAAUUUGAAUGCCAAAUAAAUAAAACAAUAAAUAUGAAA